AGCUCGACCAGUGGCCCGUUGUGCGCGCGGGCGGCGCCGGUCACCUGUCCCGCGGCCCCCAGCGGCCGCCCCGCCCCGGCUCCUAUAAGCCUCGCUGUCUGCCCGCGCUGCCUGUGCGCCCGCAGCAUGGCCCGGAACACCAACCUUCGCUGGCGGCUGCCGCUCAUCUGCCUGCUGCUGCAGGUGACCAUGGUGGUCCUCUUCGGCGUGUUCGUGCGCUACCACCCCGACGCCGAUGCCAGCUGGAGAGAAGAGAAAAAGCGCAAGAACAUCUCCAGCGACCUGGAGAACGAGUUCUACUACCGCUACCCGAGCUUCCAGGACGUGCACGUCAUGGUCUUCGUGGGCUUUGGCUUCCUCAUGACUUUCCUGCAGCGCUAUGGGUUCGGGGCCGUGGGCUUCAACUUCCUGCUGGCGGCCUUCGGCAUCCAGUGGGCGGUGCUCGUGCAGGGCUGGUUCCACCACCUGGAUUCACAGCGCCGCUACAUCCUUGUCGGCAUUGAGAACCUCAUCAACGCUGACUUCUGCGUGGCCUCUGUCUGCGUGGCCUUUGGGGCAUUGCUGGGCAAAGUCAGCCCCGUCCAGCUGCUCAUCAUGACCUUGUUCCAAGUGACCCUGUUCACAGUGAAUGAGUAUAUUCUCCUUGACCUGCUAGAGGUGAAGGAUGCAGGGGGCUCCAUGACCAUCCACACGUUUGGGGCCUACUUUGGACUCACAGUCACCUGGAUCCUCUACCGACGCAACCUAGAGCAGAGCAAACAGAGGCAGACUUCUGUGUACCACUCGGACCUCUUCGCCAUGAUUGGCACCCUCUUCCUGUGGAUGUACUGGCCCAGCUUCAAUUCAGCUAUAUCCUCCCACGGGGAUGCCCAGCAUCGAGCUGCCCUUAACACCUACUGCUCCUUGGCAGCCAGCGUGCUGACUUCGGUGGCACUGUCCAGUGCCCUGCACAAGAAGGGCAAGCUGGACAUGGUGCAUAUCCAGAACGCCACGCUAGCCGGAGGGGUGGGUGUGGGCACUGCAGCCGAAAUGAUGCUCACGCCCUAUGGUGCCCUCAUCGUGGGCUUCUUCUGCGGCUCCAUCUCCACCCUGGGCUUCAUGUUCCUGUCGCCAUUCCUGGAGUCCCGGCUGCGCAUCCAGGACACGUGCGGCAUUCACAACCUGCACGGCAUCCCUGGCGUCCUGGGCGGCAUCGUGGGUGCUGUGACAGCCGCCUUCGCCAGGCCCGACAUAUAUGGACAGCACGGAUUUGUGAAUGAAGUCCAGACCAUAAGAAGUCAGGGCAAGUUCCAGAUGUUCGGCCUCCUCUUGAGCUUGGCCAUGGCCCUGGUGGGCGGCAUCAUGGUGGGACUCAUCUUGAGACUACCGUUCUGGGGACAAGCGGCGGACGAGAACUGCUUUGAUGAUGAGGUCUACUGGGAGGUGCCUGAGGAGAACAGCGCUGGCCAUGUCCCCGAGGACCCCACCCACAAGCCCCCAGCCUUGAUGGUAUCCUCAGGAACACCUGCCUUCUCACCUGUCUUGGUAUCCUAAGCUCCCAGGCAGGCCCCGCACACUGUCAUGGCUCUAGCAGGAUCUGAGGACUCAGAAGCAAACCAGCAGCACCAGCCUGCUGGCCCAGCCCCAGGUGCCCGCACCUCCUCAUCCCUCCUUCACCCCAAGGGGUGGCCUGAGAACCUGAAGACGGAGGAGGGGGAGUCACGACAAAGUGCGGGUCUUGCUGCAGAAGCUCUGCCCCCCGCUAGGGUCUUGGUGGCCACAUCUGUGCCUGCAGGCUGGGAGACCUGGGCCUGACCCUUCCGGGAGGCAACUCAGCUGCCAGCCACCACCUGCUGGGCCCUGCCGGCCCCGCCCACCCCAACCAGCCCCUCCAAGCUCCUGGGCCCACAGAUUUCUCUGUGCUGCCAAGUAGGUGGCUUCCUUAAAUAAACAUUGUUGUUCUUUGUA